AUGCACAUGGACACUUUGAUCCCCUUUGUAAAAGAGGCUGAGCCAGAAGUAGAAGCACUCACCGCAGAGCCCGAGGAGGCAGCUCCACCGGCCGAGACACCCGCGGCAGAGCCAGAGGAAGCAGCGCCGGAGCCAGAGGAAGCAGCGCCGGAGCCAGAGGCAGCAGCGGCUGAGCCAGAGGCAGCAGCGGCUGAGCCAGAGGAAGCAGCGCCGGAGCCAGAGGCAGCAGCGGCUGAGCCAGAGGCAGCAGCGGCUGAACCGGAAGCACCAGCGGCCGAGCCAGAGGAACCGGCAGCAGAACCCGAGCCUCCAGCGGAAGAAGCCGUGCCACCCCCUGAAUCGCGAGAGCCAACACCUUUAGUCUCACCGCCUCCGGAGGUAGCACAAGAAGUAAUGGAACCGGAAGCCCCUGCAGCUGAGGGACAACCUGCAGAUACAGAGAUAGGGACGUUUGAGAGAGAAGCAAUGGAGGCCCACAAUCACUACAGAACUCUGCACGAAGCACCACCACUUGAAUACAGUUUUGAAUUAAGGGACGAAUGCAGAAAGUGGGCCGAAUACCUGUCAUCCACAGGAGCCGUGGAAGAGAGCCGUACCAAGAAUGGAGAGAACCUCUGGACCACCACUGAUGACGAAGUCUUAGGGAAGGACCCAGUGCUUGCUUGGUAUAAUGAAAUCAAUGAUUACGACUUUAAUAGCCCUGGUUUUAGUGCACUGACAGGUCAAUUCAGCCAGAUGAUUUGGGUGGCGACUACACAUAUGGGCAUAGCAUCCGUCAAAAGUGAGCAUGGAACCUUUGUGGUGGCCCAGUACAGCCCCGUUGGAAAUAUCGUCGACCGACAUUCCUUCCAAAUUAACGUACGACCAAAGGAUUCGCAAUCGGUGGAAUCCGGAGAAAAACCAGAUCAGAGUUCCCAACUGACUGCCAGUGACACUGGGUCAUCAGAAAUGUCGUCGUUUGAGAAAGAGGCGUUGGAGGCUCACAAUCUGCACCGAGCUCAUCACAACACAGCGCCUCUGACAUUCAGCAGGGAGCUGAGCAAGGAUUGCAGUGUCUGGGCAAAUGUCCUCACACAAGAUGGCGUCAUUGCACAAAGUCCCACCAACUUUGGGGAGAAUAUCUGGUCCAAUUCUAGCAUAACCGAAGGAGAAAUCAAAGGCAAUGAAGCCGUGGACCAGUGGUACUCUGAAAUUAAAUACUAUGACUAUGAUAAUCCUGCUCCCUCCUCAAAAACCGAGCACUUCACUCAGCUGAUCUGGCAGGAUACCACAGAUUUUGGGAUUGCGUACGUCGUGAGUGACAACGGGGCUUUUGUGGUGGCUCAGUACAAGCCGUGCGGGAACACUCCCAACGCAGAAUCCUUUGCCAAGAAUGUUCUACCUCUGGACGCCUCGUUCAGCAAGGCCGAACCAGAACCUGUCCCGGAACCUGUCCCGGAACCUGUCGCGGAACCUGCCCCAGAACCUGCCCCGGAGGCCAAGGAAGAACCUGCAGAAGAACCAGCACUAGCAGCCGCUCCUCCACCAGAGGAACCAGCUGCCGAGGAGCAACCAGCUGAAAUGCCAGCGGCUGAGGAGCAGCCAGCCGAGGAACCAGUAGUAGAGGAGAUACCGGCUGAAGAGCCAGCAGCCCAGAAGAAAGCAGCCGAGGAGCCGGAAGCCGAGGCAAAAGCUGAGGAGGAGAAACCAGCUGAGGAACCUGCUGCAGCACCAGAACCAGCCCCUCCGAAGGAAGAAAAGAAGAAAGUGCAUCGCCACUGUCCCAAGAAGAAAGAUCCAAAGCUGAAGAAGGCAGAGCGAAGCCCAUGCGAGUAAUGGUCAACUCUAGAGCCGUGAAGAUAGAACAAUAAGGACUACCAGUUCCAGGAAAAACUAGGAAUGAAUACAUGGCAUUCAGGCAUUUGGGAAAUAAAGCUUCACUGAAAUAUAAA